AUGUCAGAGGAGGCGAUUGAUCGUCUCGAAGGUCGUAUCGACACAUUUGGUGGAUUGGUCAUUCGCAAGCAAAAAUCUGACACGGAUAAGAAAUCACGUGAAGAAAGCAGGUCAAUACUCGGCUUGGACAAGUUGGCACGUGCUAAGAAAGAGGAACACUCCAGGAAACGAGGCGAUGAAACUCCUGGUGCAGGAGUCACUGAUAGCGUACGCAGAGGCAUCCAAAAGUUCCAGUCAGAAAAAUAUAAGGAUGAGCGUCGCGGAUUAGCCGCUGAUAGUAGAAAACGAGAUAGAGAUCGGGACAGAGACAGAGAAAGAAGCUCUCGCGAUGAUCAAAGAGACACAAGAAAUCGCAAAGAUGAUCGACGACGAUCUGAAAGAAGAGAUCGUGACGAGAAACGAAGUCGAAAGGAUUAUGAAACUCCGAAUUUCAAGGUUCCUUUUACUCCUUCCCGUUAUGGAUGGAAUGAUGACGAUGUGCCAGUGCAAAAGUCAUCGUGGGACACUCCUUCUCCGCGCACAGUGUCCUCUUCACGUCGAGGAGAUUCUGAAAGAAGUGUUUCAAGCAUAUGGCGAAGUGAGCGUCGACAUCGUGAUGAAGAUCAAAGAAAGAAAUACGAACGUACUGAAGAAUCUGUUCGCUCUUUGAAAGAUGAGGCUUUUGAGCCAACUUUUUACGAUGCAGCCGAGAGAGCGCAAUGGGAAGCAGAGCAGAAAAUAAUAGACCGAGAAUGGUAUGAUAACGAUGGCGUAUACGACGACGAGUACAAUCCUUUUGCUAAGGUUAGUGAAGAAUUCGUCGAGAAACGGGAAAAACAGUGGCAAGAGAAGACUUCGGGACCGCGUCUUACACUAAAACAACAGUCUAUAAAGCGAGAAAAUGAACUAUGGGAAAACAAUCGAUUGCACAGAUCAGGAGUUGUUGCACUCACUGACGAGUUGUCGAGCGUUUUCGAAGAUGAAACAGAUGAGAACCGCGUUCAUUUGCUUGUCCACAAUAUAGUUCCGCCUUUUCUCGACGGAAGGAUAGUCUUUACACGGCAAUCCAAACCAGUCAUACCAGUUGUGGAUACAACAUGCGAUAUGGCUGUUGCAGCAGCUCGUGGAAGCAAAGUGGUUCGUCAAUUUCGGGAGUCUGAAGAGAGGAAGAAGGCUCAAGAAAAACAUUGGGAGCUGGCUGGAAGUAACUUGGGAAAUUUGAUGGGAGUGAAACAGAAGCCGGAUGAAACUGGUGAUCCUGAGGAAGAAGAUAAUAGCAACUAUAAGGAAUCCCACCAAUUCGCAUCACAUAUGAGUGAGAAAAUGGAUGCAGUAUCUGACUUCGCACUUGAGAAAACUAUCAAGCAGCAACGAGAAUACUUGCCAGUAUUUGCGUGCCGGCAGAAAAUGAUGACUGUGGUUCGAGAAAAUAAUGUUGUCAUCAUUGUCGGAGAAACGGGUUCCGGAAAAACCACCCAACUUGCUCAGUAUCUGCUUGAAGAUGGCUUUGGAGAUACAGGUAUCAUUGGAUGUACACAACCUCGUCGUGUCGCUGCCAUGAGUGUGGCGAAACGCGUUGCAGAUGAAAUGGGAGUAGAGCUUGGACAAGAAGUUGGAUAUGCUAUUCGAUUUGAGGACUGCACUUCAGAAAAGACUGUAAUCAAGUACAUGACAGAUGGUAUUCUGUUGAGAGAGUGUUUAGGCGAUGGGGAUCUGGAUCAGUACAGUGCAAUAAUCAUGGAUGAAGCCCACGAAAGAUCAUUGAAUACUGAUGUGCUGUUUGGGCUUCUCCGCGAUGUGGUAGCUCGGAGAACUGAUCUCCGUCUGAUUGUCACAUCUGCGACUAUGGAUGCUGAUAAAUUUGCAAAUUUCUUUGGAGGCAGUUGUCCCACAUUUACUAUUCCUGGCCGUACAUUCCCUGUUGAGAUCUUUCAUGCUAGGGCACCGGUAGAAGACUACGUAGAUGCUGCAGUCAAGCAAGCGAUUACGGUGCAUCUCGGUGGCAUGGAAGGUGACAUUUUGAUUUUCAUGCCGGGUCAAGAAGAUAUUGAGGUAACUUGUGAACUCAUGAAGACACGACUAGGAGAACUCGACGAAGCUCCUCCUCUUGCUGUACUUCCGAUCUACUCCCAGUUGCCCAGUGACUUACAGGCAAAAAUCUUCCAACGCGCUCCAGGAGGAAUGCGGAAGUGCAUCGUAGCCACCAACAUUGCUGAGACAUCUUUAACAGUCGACGGGAUUUUGUUUGUUAUUGAUCCUGGUUUCUGCAAAAUGAAAGUUUACAACCCACGAAUUGGUAUGGAUGCCUUACAGAUCUUCCCUGUGUCGCAAGCCUCUGCAAAUCAGAGAUCAGGUCGUGCUGGUCGAACAGGACCAGGGCAAUGCUUCCGUUUAUACACGGAAAGACAGUUUAAAGAGGAGAUGCUUGUAUCGACUGUCCCUGAAAUUCAACGUACAAAUCUCUCGAAUGUUGUGUUGUUAUUGAAAUCACUUGGAGUAGACGACCUACUCAAAUUCCAUUUUAUGGAUGCUCCACCGCAGGACAAUAUGCUUAAUUCCAUGUAUCAACUGUGGACUUUAGGAGCUCUGGACAAUACCGGACGUCUCACUGAUCUUGGAAGAAUGAUGGUGGAAUUUCCGCUUGAUCCAACUCUUUCGAAAAUGUUGAUAGUUUCGGAAAGUAUGGGCUGUAGCGAGGAGGUGCUCACAAUUGUAUCUAUGCUUUCGGUGCCAGCCAUAUUUUUCCGGCCAAAGGGAAGGGAAGAUGAAGCCGAUUCGAAGAAAGAGAAGUUUCAGGUGCCCGAAUCUGAUCAUUUGACAUUUUUGAACGUUUAUCUACAAUGGCGACAGCAUAAGUAUUCAGCGAAAUGGUGUGCUGAUAACUAUAUACACGCAAAGGCCAUUAAGAAGGUACGGGAGGUGCGUGCGCAGCUAAAAGAGAUUAUGCAAGAGCAGAAAAUCAAGAUAAUUUCUACCGGUAGCGACUGGGACGUGAUCCGAAAAUGUAUUUGUUCUGCUUAUUUCCACAAUGCUGGCAGGCUUAAGGGGAUUGGUGAAUACGUGAAUGUUCGUACUGGCAUUCCAUGCUUCCUGCAUCCUACUUCAGCACUCUUCGGGAUGGGUUUCAUGCCUGACUAUGUAGUUUAUCACGAACUGGUCAUGACAGCAAAGGAAUACAUGCAAUGCGUUACGGCCGUCGAUGCUGUAUGGUUGGCUGAACUUGGACCUAUGUUCUAUUCGGUGAAGGAAUCGAAGACAUCGCGAUCCGAAAAGAGAAUGGAAAGCGUUCGAACAGCGGAGAGUAUGGAAGAAGAAAUGAAAGAAGCUCAACGAGAAAUGCAACGACGAAAGGAAGAAUCUGAAAGGGCGUAUAAGCGUCCAGAUAGUGUGCGAAUAGCUGAUGAGUAUCCAGCGCAUCACCAAACUGCUCAAGGAGGAUCCAAAUCAGAAAGACCAUGGAGUGUGAACAUUGCCAGAAUACGAAACUUCAUCAAGAGACAUGCGGAUGUGAAGCAGAUCAGCUUGAGAAGUGCAGACGAAAAAGAAAACACGCAAGUCUGCGGAGUGCCUGCGGCGGGAGUCUAUUCGGUGGUUCUGCGUUUGAGGAUGGAGCUGCUUCCACCUGAGCUGCUGCAGAGAAUCUGUCUUUUCCUGCAACCAACGGAUCGUCUUAGUCUUUCUCUUGUUUCUUCACGAAUCUUUGCUGCUCUAGGACGUCUUAUUCCGCGCCCGUCAACCGUACGUGUUCAAAUCGGCAACUGUCCUGCAACAGCACGGGUUAAAGGACAUGAUACCUCAUUAGCGCUAUGUCAGUGUGAUCGUCACGACACUCAUUCGCUACUUUCCAUGGUACUGCCUCUGAUUUCAAGCGGAGCAACAUCACUGGAUUUGGAAGAUGAGCUGGCUCGUGAUCGGAUUAGAGAUUAUCAUGUACACGAACUCCUUACGCAGAGCGCUGGAGCACCUUUAACCAGGCUUGCGUUAUCCAACUGUGACUUAACGAACGUCAAGCCAUGGACUAUGGCUCAAAUAGCGCAGUUUAAUAAGCUUCAAGAGUUAGUUUUCGACAGCUGUAACUUCCCAGUCUCAGAAAGUCAGUUAAUUCGCGGCAUGGCACCAUCAUUUAAAACUCUCUCGAGACUCGAAAUAAGUGAUAAUCAUCAGGUCACAGACAAGCUAGCCAGAUCUGUGGCUCGUUGUUGUCCACUGCUGGAGACGUUCUGCGUUUCUGGAUGUCCAUCAGUAUCCGCUUUGUCGGCGUUGGUACUAAUGGAGGCCGCAUUUCUCCGCGUUAGUCAGAUGCUUACGAUGCAUGUGGAGAAGACGGGGUUCGACGUAAAUCAGCUGAGUCGCUACAUCAGCAGUCCGCUGUUUGCUAACAGAAAUGAGUGGAAGUUAACACCAACUGCGGUCCACCUAGGAUACGAGAAGUCUGCAGUGCUUGCUGAACACAUAAGGGCUGUUUGCGUACUAAUCUAUGUGUAG